AUGGCUAGAACACGAGGUUUAGGUUGUGCUAUAGGUAGACUUAUAGGCAGAGAUAGACAGGAUGACCAUGAUGCAGUUGAUGUUCCCGAGAGGCGUAGGCCUACUGCAUCAGCCCGUAGGCAACGGGUUCAUCAGAUGACUGCGGAUGCACCUGAUAUGGCUGAGGAUGUUCCUGACAUGACUGAGGAUGUCCUUGAUAUGGCUGAGGAUGCACCUGAGAUGAUUGCGGACGUACAGGGUGAUGAUGGUGCUAAGGGGUCACAUGGUGAUGAUGCUGAGGGAUUUCCAUGUAGGCCACGUGACCCAUUAGUGCUGACAUCAUUUGCGAACCAUGUUGCACACGCCGUUUGGAGUGGACAAGAGGCGAUAUUUUUGUUGACCGAGUUGCUUGACGAGGCUAGAGCCGAGACAACACGAUCACGUGGGGCAUAUGUACGGCUGGGAUGGGUUCGAGACAUUUAUGAGAUGAGAUGUCAGGCCUGGCGAUGGAUUGUAGCAGCUCGUGCUUAUCUGCUGCACUUGGUCGGUUGCACUCUUUUUGCUAAUAAGAGUGCAACAUAUGUUCAUGUGAUGCACCUAGACGCUUUUCGCGACCUGGGUCAGAGUGGUGGUUAUGCUUGGGGAGUUGUCGCGCUGGUUCAUAUGUAUGACCAGUUAGAUGAGGCUUCUAGGACCACCACACGACAGUUGCGGGGUACCUGA